GAGGAAGUGGAGCGAGAAAACAGCAAGGCAAAGAGGCAAAAAGACAAGGAAUAGAAGGGUAGAAGUGAGAGACUGAAGGGGAGAAGGUGUGUGUAUUUUGCCCCAUUGUGCUUGUUUGUGUGACCGUCCGUACAUUUCGCACACCUGAUGCACAGUGCUCAUUCAGCUUAACACAUACGUUGACUGUACAUGGACUACAACAUACGGAUCGAGCUCGCACCCUGGACUGCCAACUGAGUGACACUGCCCCUUGCACCACUGGGAAAAACAGAGUUCCUCCAUCAUGAGUGAUGACAGAGAGAGACAGAGUGGCGACGGAAGACAAAGCUCCAAACCUAAACAGCCGCCCUCUGACAAACACAAAGCUGACGGCAAGGGAAAGACCAGCAAUGGGCCCGGGCGAGCAAGGGAGCGAGAGAAGAAGGAGAGAGGGGGCAGGGAAGGAAGCAUUAGGGUAGCUGGCCGCAGCAGGAGCAGCGAUGCUGAGAGGAGAGGGAGGGAGGCUGGCCGAAGACGAGAACACGAGAGGAACAGAGGAGAGAGAAGAGAACGUGGUAGAAGCGAGGAAGGGAGGAAGCAACAGAGGGACGGAGGCAGUAGAGACUCGCAGGAACAUGAGGACGACAUCGAAGACACAGAGUGCGUGGUGUGUUUCUGCAGUUACGACAACGUCUUCAAAACCCCCAAGAUCCUCUCCUGUGGCCACACCUUCUGCCUUGAGUGCCUUGCACGCAUCAAUGUGUCUUCACCAGAGAUCAAGUCCCUGCCAUGUCCGGUGUGUCGAGAACUCACCGACCUGCCCCAUGGCCGAGACCUGCCACACCUGGACAACAAUGAGGAUGUCUUCCGCAAGCUUCCCCCUGAGAUGCAGAGAGCACAAUCUGUGCGUUUCAAGCGCAGUAAGGGCAAGCUGGUCUUGAAGAAGCCCCCACCUGGGACCCCCAGCAGUCCUACCAAGCCCAGCCUCAUCCUUCCCAGCUUCAAGAAGAAGGAACAGGAGGUGCAGCAGUCUGAGGUUGGAGACCUGCAGUUGGGCACUUUGGAGUAUGGCCACGCUCCAGCCACUAGCCUGGAUGUGGGACGGCCCCCCAGCAGAGUCAGGGGUCGCCUACGCCGGCUCUUCCGCUCUGACCAGUGCUACUAUGCUGUAGUGGCCUCCAUCAUCACUGUGACAGUGGCCCUGAUGCUGGUGGGGAUCCUCGCUUUUGUGGUGGUGCCCAAUGUUGUCAGCCAUGGGGGCAACAGGCCCUUCCCUGGAAACAACGAUUCCAUUCCAGGGGAUGAGGAUGAAGGUCCUCAACCCUAAGUGGGCUGCAAUAGGAAACAGGAAAGGGGUAUGGACAGGAGUGGGUACAAUGUAGAGGGCAGUUGAGAGUCAGGGGUGGAGUACCUGUGAUCCUUUAGUGGCUUGUUUCAGCUUUAUUCUGCUUGCUUAGGUGCAUAAGCUAAUAAGCACACAAGCACACAGACACUUUAAGCACUGAAGCGCAAGUAUAUACAUCACACUGUCAGGUGAAAUAACUGUGAACUUCUAAUGAGUAAGGGAUGUCCUUCUUUGGUCUGGAAGAAAAAGACUAAUGCUGAAAAAGUGAAGGGGAGAUUUAUUUUUAACAAUGAGGAGGUGUAUACCCAUGAUUUUAUUCCUGCCACUUAACUGUGUCUUUGUCUGUGAAAUUCUACUUACACCAGAAAGAACUCUUCUUUUAAAAGAGUUUUUGGAAGAAUAAUUACUGAAGGGGAAAAUGUCUUAUGUAAGAUGCUAUCUUGCCUAAAUUUAUAAAACCCACUACAGUACCAAGUCUCUUACACUGUCAAUGUUCU